AUGCAUUCAUUCGAAGUUCCAUCCUCAAAGAGAUUGCUUCAAUGUGGGUGUGCAAUAUUUUGGUGCUUAUUGGCAGGGGGGCCAAUAUUCGGUUUUGCCGCAUUGAAGCCUGUCUUAAUCAAUGAACAAAUAUAUGAAGAUGUUUGUUAUAGCAAUUCUAGCACAGAUAUUAUGAUCAUUUCGAACAAUUACAAUAAAGUAGUUGCGAAAUGUAUGGAGCAGGAUUUAAAAUUAAAUUUCAUGUUCACUGUUGCUGCAAUGCUUACAAAUGUCACAGCAUUGUUAAUUGGUCGAAUCUUAGAUAUUUAUGGACCUAAAGUAUGUGGCUUGAUAGGAUCAGCGUUACUUUAUCUUGCAUGUUUUUCAUUUAUCUUUUCUAAGAAAGUAACAUUUAUUGAUCCUUAUUUAAUUGGAUAUGGGUUAUUAGCAUUAGGUGGACCCUUUGUUUAUAUAUCGUCAUUCCAGUUAUCAAACUCAUUUCCAAAGAAAAGUGGAACAAUACUUGCACUUAUUUCAGGUGCAUUUGAUGCAUCUUCAGCUAUAUUCUUAAUAUAUCGAAUAAUUUAUACCAACUCAAAAGGAACCUUUACUUUGGAGAAAUUUUUUGGUGUUUAUUUAAUCGUACCUACCUUCAUUACAAUACUUGAAAUCUUUAUCAUGCCUACCGAAUCAUAUCACACAAGUCCAAAUAACACAUUAUGUAUCAAUGACCAAGAAAAUGUCGGUCAUGCUAUUUCACCACCAUCUUCCGGUUCCGAAAUAACGUCACUCUUGGAGCCCCUGUCCAAUCCAAUGCCACAUCAUGAUUCUCUCGGUGAUUCCUUGAUGCAACCCUAUGCCGAAGAGGGUGAGGAAAUUUUGGUAGUUAAUUCAGGUGGAAUCUUUGGAAUAUUGCAUGGUUAUUCUUGGCAGUAUCAACUCCGAACAUAUUGGUUUAUUUUAAUCUGCUUGUUUAGUAUAAUUCAAAUGUUAAGACUAAAUUAUUUUGUUGCAACCAUUGGAACCCAGUAUCAUUACUUGUUUGGAUCGGUUCAGCUGGCGGAGAAGAUAAACAAAUUUUUCGAUAUUGCAUUGCCAUUAGGAGGUCUUUUAAGUAUUCCAUUCAUUGGCAUAUUUUUAGAUCAUUAUUCCACUGUUGUGGUUUUAACUUGGUUAGUUGCUAUGUCAUUGAUAAUCGGAAUAUUAGGAUUGUUUUCAGAUUAUACGUUGGCUGUAUUUGGGAUUUGUCUCUUUGUCGCAUUUCGACCAUUCUUUUAUACUACAAUACUGGAUUAUUGUGCAAAAGUGUUCGGAUUUGAAACAUUUGGAACAGUCUACGGAACAAUUAUUUGUAUUAGUGGUAUUUUUAAUUAUUCUCAAACUUGGUUUGAUGAAAUAACCCAUGUUACUUUUGAUAUGAAUCCUUUUCCAGUCAAUAUAUUAUUCAUAGUUAUGACUGGAGUUAUAGGGGUGAUUAUGGUUCUCUACGUAACUUCUCAAGCUAAAGAGUAUAAUGCCAGAAAGAUUCAACUUGAUCAACAAAGUUUAUAG